GAGGGCAGUCAGUCGCGAGCUUUACGUUUCAUCGGAUGAUCAUUACUAGUAACGUGAAUUUUUACGAUUGUGUCGAAAACGAUGAUUUUUCAAAAGAUUCUCUCAAUUCGAAUCGAAAAAAAUAAAGAUAUUAGAAAAUAUUAAAUUAAAUUAAAUUGAAACGUAUGUUAUUUUAAAAUAAUAGAAAAGAAAUACGUAAAGAAAUACGUACACAUAAAAAAAAAGAUUAGCAAAACCAAAGAAAAAAAAAGAGAAAAGAGAAGGAAAAAGGUAUGAAAGAAAGCGUGGAGCAAUUUUGAACGCAGGAAGAACGUAUAGAAUAGGAAGCAGAGAUGCAGCAUUUUUAUAUAAUUAUUCGUUUAUUUUUGUUCGUUCUAAUUUAUCAAUCAAUGAAGAUCAACGGAGAGAAAAUGGAAAAAAGAGAGAAUUCAUUUUGUCAUCCAUUUCCUGGUAUUAUUUUAGAUCAAAAUAAAAUUAAUAAAUUUGAGAAUGGAAGUAUAGUGUACAAUAAAUUAGUGUAUCCUGUUGAAUCAUAUCAAGUAUUUGAAAACAAAACAUAUGGAUGUAUAUGUAAUUUACAAUCAUGCUUGAGAAAAUGUUGUAAACAAAAUGAGAUUCUAGGGGAAGGUAUUCGACCUAAUUGUACUCGCCUAUCAAGUGAAUCACUUAUUCAAAAAUCUCUCAUUCUCGAACAAAACCAACUUGCAGCUGAAAUCCAAAAAAUAUCUAGAUUAAGUGAUCAGUUUUUUCUGAUAGAGGAUAUGCAAUGUUCCGAAAAUUUAAGCAAACUUCUACUCGAACCAGAAAAUAUUGAAGAAGAUGCGUAUGUAUUGCAAGCAAAUGGUACUCUUCAAACUUUCAACGGCGACAAAUAUGAAGCUUGGAAUUAUUGUCUUGAUUGGAAAGAACCUUCCAAAAAAAUUGCUGUUUUGGUUUGUACAUUGAAUGCGUCCACAACGAGUUCAAACCCAGUGGAUGCCGGAAUUAUAAUUUCUAUUCCAUUUUUUUUCGUUACUUUCUUUGUGUAUGCGAUUAUUCCAGAAUUAAGAAAUCUCUAUGGAAAAACCUUAAUGUGUUACGUAGCUUGUUUGGUGGUUGCCUAUACUUCUCUCGUCUUAGCCAAACUACUUUUUUUUAAAUACGUCUUCUGCAGCGCAAUUGUCGUGAUCGGUGAUUUAUUAUUGAUACUCGCGAUAAAUUCAAUUCAACCGUCUUCACAAUUCAAUACAACACCAUCUUUUAACCAGGAUACUAUCAAUUUCGCCACACAUGACUCGAAUGUGAAAAUAGAUAACGAUAACAGAACGAAAUAUUUUCAUUCGAAUGAAGAUAUUGAGAAGUCAAAGAUGGAAAAUAUUUUUACGAAUGCAGAGAGCAAGGAUCAAUGUUUUUCUAAUGUUUUUUUCAUGACUGAUGGAAAAGCAUGUAUUCCUUUAUGUUGCCCAUACGGGAAUCGUAUGACGAACGAAAAAUGUAUUGAAACAAAUAAUACUUAUAGUUUCCCGCCCCUUUACAACUCGAAUAAUUUAACGUUAAUCGAUGAAAUACCGGAUUAUCGACGCUAUUUUCAUUUAUCCGUUAAAGAUCCUUGUAAAGGUUGGCAACGUUAUAAACUUAGUCCAAAAGAAUAUCCGGAAGAUGAAUUCAUGAUUCUCGAUAAUGGUUCAGUCUACAAGUAUAACAAGAACGAACUUUUACGAGAGACUGAUUAUUGUCUCGGUAUCCUUUUAUCCAGUGUAUUCGAUAUAAUUGUUUGUUACAAGGAUGAAAAUGAAUAUGAGAUAAAUGUUAAUGAAGUACUUUAUCCCAUCGGAAUGAUCGUAUCAGUGCCGUUUCUGUUUGCCACGUUUAUCGUCUACUGUCUGUUACCAGAACUGAAGAAUUUACACGGCUACACACUUCGUGCACAUAUUAUUUCUCUAUUAGUCGCCUAUACGACACUCUCAAGCGUAAAUGUUAUUCCGCAAAAACAGAUUUCGAAUUCUCUCUGCAUUAUAUUUGCAUUCGUCAUUCAUUUUUCUUUCUUGGCUAGUUUCUUCUGGUUGAACGUUAUGUGCUUCGAUAUUUGGUGGACAUUUGGAGGUUUUCGAUCUCUACAUGGCAGCGUGAAACAAAGGGAGCGUAAAAAAUUUUUAAUAUAUUCGAUUUACGCUUGGGGUUGCGCAGCGAUUCUCACCGGAAUUUGCGCUAUUAUGGACUUUCUGCCUAAAAUUCCAAAUUAUUUAAUCAAACCAGAUUUUGGAAAAAUGAAUUGUUGGUUCACAAGAGAUGAAGCAAAGGCAAUAUAUUUUUACGGUCCUAUGGGCAUCACUGUUCUUUGUAAUAUAUGUCUUUUUAUUUCUACGGCAUUAAAAAUACGACAACAUGGAAAAGAUACGGCCCAACAUCUCAGAGGUAUAGACAGUAGACGCCAUGAUGACAAUAAACAAUGGUUUAAUCUAUAUUUGAAACUGUUUAUUGUGAUGGGUAUAAAUUGGUCAAUGGAAAUAAUAUCAUGGCUUUGUAACAAUACACCAAUAUAUCUUUGGUACCUUACUGAUUUUACGAAUACUUUGCAAGGUGUAAUUAUUUUUAUAAUUUUCGUUUGGAAAGAUAAAGUUAAAAGACUACUGUUAAAAAGAUUUGGUUGUCAUGGAAGUAAUGUGUUUUCAAGAAAUUCAACUCGUAGUGGAUGUCGUACUUGUACAUCGACAACUUCCGCUCCAUCAUUUCAAGAAAAGAUCGUCACAUAUUCAAAUGAAUCUUUUUGCGAUAAAACAAUCGUCGAUAAUUAAUAAUUAGUUUUAAUCAUUUCUGUAUCAUGAUUCAUUAUGUAUCAUUUACACAACUUUAUAAAAAUAACAAAUGAAAAAAAGAAAAAAAGAAAAAAAGAAAAUUUUAAUUUAAUAUUAGCUUUUGAUAAAUCUAUAUUCAAUUUACAUUCAACACUUCAUCAAAAUAUCUAUUAAUAAUGAAUUAAAAAUCAAAUAUCGAGUGUGAAUUUUCUUGAAGAAUUUCUAGUCAUCAUUAUGCUGCCUUUCUAAUAUUCAUUUUUGCUACUACAUAAUCAUUUAUAUAUAAAUUUGAAAUAUUUAAUUUUUAUUUUAUGUCAUAUAAAAUAGUAAUUUUUAGAAACUAUUAAGUUUAAUGCCAAUAUAUUAUUAAAAGUAUUAUAGUGUACAAAUAAAUUAGAUUAUUUUAUAGUUAUUUCCCUUUCUUUUAUAAUUUAAAUUUUAAUAUAAUAAUAAUUUUAUUUUCAUUAUUCUCAUUAUUUGAUAUUAAAGUUGUAAAUUUUAUUUUAUAAAAUAAGAAAAUGACAAAAACAUCAUUUAUAUCAAAAUGUAUAUUAUUCUUUAUCUUUAUCAAAUCAAAUAUGCAAAAAUUUUGUACAUUUUUCUUUCUUACAUAUACAUUUAAUUAAACACAUAUUAUAUAUAUAUUUUAUUCUAAAACGAUGUUAAAAUACAAAGUAAUUAAAACUUGAAGUAAUAUUAAAAUAAAUCUAUUCAUUAAAUAUUAUAUAUUAGGGAUUCAAAAUUUUGUUAUCAAUUAUUAUAAUGUACUAAUUAUUUAUUAUUUAUUUAAAAUUAUAUUUUAGUUGUAUAUAAACACAUAAAUGUCAUUAUUAUAG